AUGGCAAGAUACACCGUCAACGUUGCAGCAGGAGGCAGAAGGGCGAGCUUGCUCGUCGUGCUGUCGUCAUCUCAGCUCUGCUCAGCCUUGCAUGAUAGUGUCACGUCGCGCCUGCCAGCCUUAGCCACAAAACUGGGCCUCACCGACGCGAAGCAACCCCAAAUCACACUGCAUUUGGAAAGGGAUGACGGACCAAUGCUGGAUCUCGAGGACCUCCUCUCCGACGUCCUACCCGACCCCAAAGAGACUGUCUAUGCGGUCAUUGACAUACACGAGGAACAGUCCGCUUCCUCCACCCCACCACAAUUGGCGACGUCUGGCGGAUCGACAAAGACGCUGCGUAUCCGCGUCGUUACCCCAGAGUCAGCUCAAUCCAGAACUAAUGUCGUCAACCCGAUCUCGACACCCGUGUCGACUAAGUGCACCCUGAAGCAUUUGAAAGGUCUCGUUCAAGAGCACUUGGGCUUUCCGAUGGAAGAGGGCGACUGUCCUGCUCUAGAGUGCAAUUGCAGCUUUGCUCGAAAUAUUGAUGAGAAUGCCGUUCUCAACGUCGAUAGAACUGAAGACCACGAUGCUCUCCAUACAGCUAUUCUUGUUCACUCCAACAACGUCGUAGUCGCCAUUCCAGUCGAUGACAACAAGCUCAGUACGAUUCAGCGGGCAACGAACGGUUAUAUGGAGCGUAUUCUAGAGCGGAAGCUGACCGACAAAUUUACAAAUGUAUUAGGAGGUGUUGUGGACACAGGUGUGCAGCUUUCUGAAGACAAGAGCUAUCUUAAACUCCCAAUCAUGGCCAUUUGCUCGAAGCGAUGCCAUUCCCAUCGUCAAGAUCAAGGCCGACAAGCUGGGAAUGACGCAGCUCAGCGAGAAUUGGUCGUCGACAUACACACAUCAGAGUGCCCUCUCGAAAUCACUGCACACAAUGCCGACAUUACCAUUGAAGCGGCGCGACUGGAGGAUUGCGCUGUCAAUGGCAUUAUUGAUAUCUACGCCGUGCAGCGAUGGACACUAGGUCAGAAUGAACGCGCUGAUCAAGGAAAAGCUGGCAUCUUCAAGAAGUCAGAAUCUUGGGAACACCACAUCGGCCAGACUGACCGUGGGCUAGCCAGCCUCCUGUCGACCUUGCGUGUCUUCACCGAACUGACAGGGGAUCAGAGCAUGGAAGAUGGCCAACGAGAUUCGAUCCUACAUAUGAUCCAUCUCUUGACACGAUUUCCUCCUGCUGUCCGAGCCGCACACAUCCUCAUGCGUGGCGAGACUCCGGGACUCCCUGAGCGGGCUGCGUUAGCGCAGUGUUUAUACGAGGUUCUCAAGAACGUCGUCCCUCUGCAAACUGUCCGCUCUGACCCGAAGCGAUUCUUCGAAGGAUCUCGUCUGCUUUUCGGUCUCAUCCUAGAGAAGGCCAAGAACAUGAAAAUCAACUUGGAAGAAAGUUCCACGCUGCCAUAUAUUGGGAUGAAGGUUUAUGAUCCACGAAACCUAAUCACUAUGCACCCGGUACUUUCGGAGUCUGUCCAGACAAUGUCUGGUCUCGUCGAUGUUGGGUUUCACGAGGCUUUCGAGGAACAAGGACUUCUAAGCUGGAUCAACAGAGACCGUUGCAAAGUGGUCUCAACAGUCGACUCAACAUGGGAUCGGAUUGCUAAAGUUUCCGGUGGUACUAGAACACAAGCCUUAGUAUUUGACCCCGAUGCCGUUAGGACCAGCUCACGCUAUGUGGACAGUAAUGACGUCAAGAAUGUCAUUUCACCUGCGGAGUAUGUUGACCUCACAUACCUGGCCAACCUCUGCAGCCGCAACCAACUAAGUGUCAUUCCGCCAGCUCGUCUGGCUUCUGCCUCUGCUCCCGUCUUGACUCUGGACAGAGAUGGCUUCCUGGCUGUAUACGUGGGGCGUGCAGGUUGUGCCGAGGCAGGCAGAGAUAUUCUCAUGUUCCGGCCAGCUAGUAUGCGUGAAGAAGAGGCCGUGGACGUUUCGAUCAUUACACAGUUAUUGGAACCGAUCCUUGCCCAACGCAAAGCUGAUGGGUCCAUUGUCUUUGAGGCCUAUGGCGAUAGUCAUCGUAAAUUGACUGCUCCGGACGAAAUAACAAUGAUAUGUGUCGACCUGUCAUCAAGUAUGGAUGAGCGUUGCGGUUUCGAUGACAUACAGAACAGCGAAGAUGCGGAAGAAGAGAUGCAGGAACAGGUGCGGUCCACCGUAGCCCCCCCUCAAGCGCCGGUAGAAGAGAACAGUGCUUUCGAUUUACCUGGCCCUGAUGAGCUGAAAGAGUAUAUUCGCUCUCACGAAUCGUACGACGACUUCAUUGCUAUCGUCGGCACGGGUAAAGAUGAUUACCACCGCCGUCAGAACGCCGAGAAGGUGUUCGAGAUCCUCAAACAACUCCUCGAUCAGCAGAUAGAAUCGAAGAGAAAACAAUUGGAAGGUCUCAGGCAGCAGGCCAGCCAAUAUUACUAUCGUACUCGAUCGGAAAUCAUCGAUCGCGAUAUGAACGUUCUCAAUAAUCGUUCCUUACGCUUGCAAAAGUACAGGAGCCUGCUUUGUGCAUGGCUUAUUGCUUGCCUCGGUAAUGUGUCGGUAUCGGAUCCGCUAACAUGGAGGCCAGGCGAGGCAAUUCCCAAGCUACACAAGACUCUCUCUACCACUGAGAGCCCUGGAUUUGAGGUACCGCCCGAGUAUCAUUGCCCCAUCAGCAGUAAUGUGAUGGAAGAUCCUGUGACUACUGUGGACGGGUUCACCUAUGAGCGGAAAGAAAUUGAACGGUGGCUUCGGUUCAACGAGCGUUCGCCGUUUACAAACUUGAUCCUUCCUAGCAACGAUCUACGACCCAACGUACAUAUGCAGGAGCAGAUUACUGCAUACAUGAAUAGUUCUGACAUCAUGGCAAAGUAUACGCAAUCGGGCAACAGGACGAGACCCUCUUCCAGCACAAUGCGGAUCACUUUCAGAUCACCACUCGAAACGCGAUCGAUGGACUUGCCACGCGAGUUGAAGGCAGCAGACCUAUGGGAAAUUGCCUUUCGUCUGACCAAGGGCCGCUACACGAGCUACGAGCUACGGCAUCGAAAUGUUCGGAUCCCUGCAACUCAAGAACUCGCCGUCAAUAUGAUCAAUGCCGCCUACGAAGUGUUUAUCACACCUCUGGAGCCGACGGCAUCGAGUACGAGCAGUGGUCUUGAGGAACUGUGUCUCAUCAAGGUAUAUCACAACUACUACCAGGACAGUGUUGUGUCAUAUUGGACACCGAAACAGACUACCAAAAGUCUAGCAUCAGCUGUCUUCCGAUAUUAUCGUCAGAGGUUCAUGGACAUGUCGACAUACCACGUUGAACAGCCCUUCAUCUUCUGGACCAGACUGCAUGAUACUGGGGACAACCACAUUGCCGGUACACCAGUGUACGACCACUGGAGGUCGAUGGCACCCUAUUUCAACAGUACCGAUUCGACUGGCAAGCUAGCAACAGAGAGUGUUGUUGACAAAAACUCCAACGACGACGUAUCAGACGAUACAGAUCAUGAACAUACAGCGCUGGGUAUUCGUCCUCUUGUAUUCAAGGUAUUUCUAGGAGGAUCCCCACGCUCUAGUAAGAAGCGCGAUACAUUGAGCCGCCUAGACGUCCUGAAGUAG